AGCAAUGCUUCCGCCUCGCUAGGCAACAUCCGCAACGCCCAAGAUGCCCAACAAAUAGCCAUAAGCUUGUGGAACAACUAUGUGGAGAAAACGCCGCAGCGGACGAAGUUGAUCGAUGCGUUCAUGGCUUUCUUGAUGGUGGUGGGAGGGUUGCAGUUUGUUUAUUGCGUUAUUGCGGGCAAUUACCCGUUCAAUGCCUUCCUUGCCGGCUUUUCGGCGACAGUGGGCCAGUUUGUUCUCACGGCGAGCUUGCGGAUACAAACAAACGCGGACAAUGAGAACGACUUCAAGAAUCUAUCGCAAGAAAGGGCAUUCGCAGACUUCGUGUUCGGAAGCAUGAUAUUACACUUCUUCUGCGUGAAUUUCAUCAAUUAG